AUGACAGUUUGGCUCCUCCGGACCGUCCUCCUCCUGGUUCUGGUACCGGUUCUGCUCCUCUGCUCCCGCUGCAGCGCUCAACCCGAACCGGACCCGACCCGGGUCUCCUGCGCGUCCUGCGCCGGCUCGGCUCGGCCCGGGUCCGGUCCGGUGGACCGAGAGCUCCUGGAUGCGGUGAAGAGGCACAUCCUGACCCGGCUGCAGCUCCGGGACCGGCCCAACAUCACGCACCCGGUUCCGAAGGCUGCCAUGGUGACGGCGCUCCGGAAGCUGCACGCGGGAAAGCUGCGCGAGGACGGGAGGCUCGAGAUCCCGAACCUGGACGGACUCCCUGCCGGACCCGAAGUUCUGGAGGAGAGUUCCGAGAUCAUCAGCUUCGCAGAGAAAGACGAGGUGGUCAUGUCCAGAUCCAGCAUAUUCUUCUUGAUCUCCAAUGAGGGGAACCAGAACCUCCAGGUGAGCCAGGCCACUCUCUGGCUGUACUUCAGGCUGCUGCCGGCCGAGGAGGUGCGCGGGAGGCGGAGGCUGACGGUCAAGGUGUACUACCAGGAGCCAGGCCUCGGCAGCAGGUGGGACCUGGUGGAGAAGCGGGUGGAGCUGAGGCGCAGCGGCUGGCACACCUUUCUGCUCACCAACGCCGUCCGCUUGGUGUUUGAGAAAGGAGCCGACCGGCGGCAGAAUUUGGACGUGCGCUGCGAGGGUUGCGAGGCUGAGGGUGUGGUGCCGGUUCUACUGAACCCGAACGAUGAGUCCCAUCGGCCCUUCCUGGUGGUACGGGCGAGGCAAGCCGACGCCAAGCACCGCAUCCGGAAGAGAGGUCUGGAGUGCGAUGGCAGCAGCAGCUUGUGCUGCCGGCAGCAGUUCUACAUCGACUUCCGCCUCAUCGGCUGGAACGACUGGAUCAUCGCACCCUCGGGGUACUUUGGGAACUACUGCGAGGGGAACUGCCCCACCUACAUGGCCGGAGUCCCUGGCUCCGCCUCGUCCUUUCACACGGCGGUGGUGAACCAAUACCGCAUGAGGGGCAUGAGCCCCGGCUCCAUGAACUCCUGCUGCAUCCCCACCAAGCUCAGCACCAUGUCCAUGCUGUACUUUGACGACGAGUACAACAUCGUGAAGCGCGACGUUCCCAACAUGAUCGUGGACGAGUGCGGCUGUGCCUGACUGUUGACUCAAGUCCGACUCGGCACAAAAUGUUGUCCUCAUAUUUAUGACUGUUGACACUCCCACAGGAAGACGUCUCUUCAG